GACGCUCACACCCAAGCAACGAAACCCAGACACUGCAAAGCAGAAACCCUCGUCUGACUGGAGCCGCAGUAGAUGAAGGCAUGGAACAUGGAUUUGGGAUUGAUUAGCUGAAAAAUUGACCCCCACACCAGAUAUGUCACCAAGGAGACAGACUAUGAAAUGGAAAAUAACCCACCCGCGGCCCAUCCUCACUCAGGGUGUGUUUGAUGAGAAACCUCAGUCACGAUGAGUCCCAGCGGAGAGUUCACUAAGUUCCGAUGGAUCUGCACCGUGUUUGGACUGCUCUUUUCCGUGGCCGACAUUGCAUCCGACCUCCUGCUCUGUGUGCAGUAUGGCCUGACGGGACACAUCGCCUGGUGUGCACUGACUCUGUUGUUCAUCCUCAGUGGAUCUGUAUUCUGUCAGGUCUUUAGCUUUGCAUGGUUUAUGGACGACUCCACCAGCAGUGAUGGUCCAUCAGGAGCCUCCAGAGACCAGCAGACGAGGAGGUGCACAGCCUAUCUGGUGGUGGUGCACAUGCUACAGAUGGGUUUCUUCACAAGGUACUACCAGCUACUGAAGGUGAGCUUUAAGGCCGUGUGGUGUCAGGGUUCCACCGAGUGCCACAAAAAGCUCUUUGGACUGGCGGCCGAUCUGAGCAUGCUCCGUCUGUUCGAGACCUUUCUGGAGAGUGUCCCUCAACUCCUCCUGCAGCUCUACAUCAUGCUAGAGCACCAACACCGCUCAACCUUACAAUAUAUCAGCAUGGUUGUCUCCUUCCUCAACAUUGCCUGGACCACUGCAGACUUCUGGCGGUGUUUCCGUAGAUCCCUGCCAGGCAUGAACGAGGUUCCCGGUGGGAUUUCCACAGCUGUGUACUUGCUCUACAAGGUUCUGACCAUAACCGCACGAAUCCUGAGUCUCAGCCUGUUCAUCUUGUUGGAUCGCUUUAGCGUUCUGGCAUUUGCUGUCGUCUGGUUUCUGGGAUUCGUCUGGGCUCAUGUGGUGAAGACGUCCUUCUGCACGUCUGCGUGGACGGAGGAGCUGUAUCGUGCCAUUGUCGGCUUCAUCCUUGUCUUCACCUUCUUCAACGUGAAAGGGAAAAACACCAAAAUGUCCAUGACCGUGUACUACGCGCUCAUCACCGUGCAGAACUUCACUGCUCCCGCCCUCUUAAUGCUGCUCAACCCCUCUGUGGAAGAAACGGACUUCUUUUUGCCCAUGACCAUUGUCAUAGUAGUGGCUCACAUUCUGGGGCUGGAACUUUUGAUUCUGUACUACGGUCUCUUACACCCCCAGAAAAUGAGAGUUCCAGACGAGGUGGACGGAAUGAGAGCCACGGCUAAGUCGGCCACAGAAACCCGUCUGCAGCAAUUCCUGCGCAUGUAACAGCUUCUAGUUGGGUCUCUGGAGGGAAAUGGACCAAUGAAACACAGCAAUGACAUAAAUAUUGAAGGGAUGAGAUGAGAACCCUGAGAAUGAAAGAUGUCAUGUCAUGAUGCCCAUAGCAGUGAGAGUUACACUGCUUAGCUCACACCACUAAAACACAUUUCAGAUUCUCAGUGUCGCAACCCUCCUGACCGGGGAAGUUUGCGUCCACAGGUUUUCUCGUUCUGACCUUUUGAGGUCCUUGCCAUGUGCAGUGGUGCUGUGGAUUAUCGCUGACGCGCCACUGGUCUCUGUAGCGUAGCUGUAAUGACCCGUCCCCUCCGGCCAAGUGUCAGAGCUGGUGUGUUUCAAUAGCAAAGCCAAACUUCACUCUGUGUGUGUGUGUGUGUGUGUGUGUGUGUGUGUUUUAAGUGAUUGUCCUGUACCAUAAACACUGUGAGAUGAACAGGAGAGUGGUUGCUUGGUAACUGGGUGACCGAGGCAGCGGGACAGGGAGGUCUGGCGGAACAUAGACAGGAACUUAACAGGACCUUACAGUGUAUCUAACAUUCCUGGUGCAGGAAUGCAGCUCGUGACACCUCCUCCAUCCAGGGGACCAGUCCAGGUGCUGAUGUCCAUGUUUACAGCACACGAGGGUAACAGCCUGGUGUGUCCAUGGUGACAGCUGGUGUCCAUGGCAAUUGGGUGAAGCUGGAAACCAACUGUCUGCGUCAUCCCUAAGUCAUCUUCUGAGAUGUUGGAUUCAUUCCCAACACAUUCCUGAAGGUCUUGGGUUUUGUUUUUGCUUUCCCUUUGUUCCUGUAUUAAGGAAUUUCUUAUAUUUCUCUUAUACCAAAUCCAGCAAUCCAACCCUGCAACAGACUCAGUGUUGUUAUGUGAGAGGUAAAGGCCAUCUUUAGCUCAGUCUUAACUCACUCUUAACUCACUGUUUAGCUCACUCCUAGCUCACUUUUAGCUCACUCUUUAGGUCAUUCUUAACUCACUCAUUAGCUCACUCUAGCUCACUCUUAACCCACUCUUAACCCACUCUUGGUCUCUGCCAAAACACUUGUCUUCAGGAACUGCACAUGUCAAACGUUUUAAGCCAGUAUUGAACUUUCCUCUGUAAUCUUUAGUUCCACUGUCAUUACCUGUGAUAAUACUUAUUCUUGCUUGGAUAGCAAUAGUGUAAAGAACGCCUUUAAGACAUUCUUUUAAAAAUGCCACGUUAAAGUUUGAAAGUUUGAAUGACUUCGUAAUGUAGGAGACUGUAGUUCGAGUCAUUUCAGUGGGUUCUUCUCAGAUCUCCAUGUCGAAGGCUAGAAGGCCAACAGGGAGACCUAAGAAACUUAGGUGAUAUCCAAGCAACGACAGAACGACGACACACUGCUUAGCUCACACCACUAAAACACAUUUCAGAUUCUCAGUGUCCCAACCCUCCUGACCGGGGAAGUUUGUGUCCACAGGUUUUCUCGUAGCCUACCAACAAGUGGAAAAAAUCCAAAAACAUCAAGCUAUUGUCAUGUUUUUAUGUGGUAUUAGAUAUUUAGAAUUAGAAUUUAUCUUUGAUGUGACUUUAAUAAAUGAAGCUGUAUAUUUGUUAUUUAUUUAAACCAUGCUAAAUGUCAAUAGGAUAUUCAGCACUGAUGUUUUGAAGUCAUCUCAUGCACUGGUGUUUCUAAAUCAUGUUUCAUGGUGUUUGAAGUCUGUCAUGUCAUGAGGAAGUGGAGCUUCGAAAUACUGAUAGCCUAACUGGUGUUUCCAGUUUUGACUGAAACUGUUUCAACCAGAUGAUUAUUUAUA